AUCUGCGAAUUCUUAUUAUUACACACAACAGCACUAAACAAAGCAUUCAUGUGUGUCCUGCAGAAAUAUCAAAUGCUUAUCUUGUACCUUUUUUGAAACGUGAGAUUUAAAGGUUUUUACGAUGCCUCGUUUAAAUGGACUAGUGAUGAAAAUAGGUUCCGGCACGAGGCAAGCAGAGCCUGCAGUGAGGACGCGCUGAUGGUCGGCUCGGAUUUCCGUUGAUAGAAACCAGGUACAACAACACAACGUGUGACGGAGUCUGACUGCGCGGACGCGGAGGAAAAGGAUGGUGGCGAAGAUGGCCAGCUGCGGAGCGGCUCGUCACCUGGAGGAAGGAAACUGCGAUGUUCCUGUUCUUGAAGACAAAGUGUGUGUUAAUAAUAAUCUUGCAGAAAGUGACAGCAGUAGUUCAGAGAACACAGAACCAUCCACAGACGAGAGCUCAGAGGAGGAUGAGGACAACAAUGAGGACUCUGAUGGUUGUGGUGAGAAGGAUGAAGGAGGAGAAACUGAAGCCAACAAUAAGAACUCAGUAGAUGAGUCAAACCCUGGACCUGAUGCAGAGGUUUUAAAUGGGAAAGAUGGGGCAUUCUUUAAAGUAUGCUGUGAAAAAUGCAAAGCCAUUCGACAGAGCCAAGGUCACGAGCUUGUUACCCCCAGAAGGAUGUCUAGGGGGCAGUUACAGGUGCUGCUAGAAGGUGAGGGCACCUACGAGUGUUCGGUCACGGGCCUGGUGUUUGAAGUAUCAGAACGGGUACAUGUUCGGUACUCAGUCCUCUCCUGGUCCAAGUUUGCCAAUUUGCUCCCAGAUUCUUGGAAGUCUGCUGGUCCCAUAUUUAACGUGGACAUGAUCAACAAGGAAGCUGCUGUCCUAAGUCUAUUCAGUUCCUCACUCCCUGUGCCUACCAGGCCAGAAAAUGAGAUGAUAUUUGGUGUCCUGCACAUUAAGGGCAUCGUCCACUCGGUCGAACCCACAGUUGACCACUCGAACAGCCAUGUCACGUGGCGUGUGACAUCACUUUCCCCUGUGGGUCCCAUCGUCCAGUCCAGUCAGUCUGUUGAACACCAUGGGGUGGUCCUGGUUUACAGGCAGCUCGGCAGUAACAGCAACAACUACAGCUUCCAUAUUUAUCUGGCCACCAACAGCUCAUCGGACAUAAAGGAUAUAGGGAAGCAGGUGCGGAGCUACAAGAACCGUUACAUCAAGAUAGAAAAGCCCCCCACAUGUAAACUGGAGGAGUGCACAUACCGUCUGUUGAGUGAUCCAGAGGGCGAGAUCAAACCUGAGAAUUUGAAAUUUACUCUUGCAGUAACGAAGAUGAAAGGCUACUUUGAAGCAUUCUUUGAGCACCCUCCUCCCUUUAAAUUGUCUCUCAUAGAGAUGGACUCUGAGCAGACUGUGUGGUCUGCCACCAUUAGAGAAGGUGAUUGUGCAGAUAAUGCAGAACAAAAGCCAAAGAAAAGGACCAUCAGACAGCAGACGAGCAGCAGUCCAUCAGAGGAAGAAUUACCUGUAAAAAACCCAGAUGGCAGGAUGAAUCAGAUGGAGUGAAAACAGUCACAACUCAGAGUGCUGACAUGUCGGAGAUGCAGCUCCUGCAGGUCGGCAAACAACUUGGGAAGGAAUGGAAACAGGUGGCCAUCUAUCUAGGUUUGAGCAUCAGAGAGCUUGAGGACAUCCAGACAGCAGAGAAAGAUGUGAUCAUGCAGAAGCUGAAGAUGCUGGUAGAGUGGAAGAAUAGAAGACGGUCGGGAGAGGCCACAGCAUACCACCUGUGGAAGAGUCUAGAGCACCUUGACGACCUCCCAAAUGAGGUCCAUGAGACUCUGCAAGACAUGAUAAACAAUCGAUUGGCUAAGUGAAACGCUUUAGACUUCAACUGACUCUUGGACAUCUGUCGUUUCAUCUUCUGGAAUUAAAAAGAAAAUCAUCUCAGGAAUACUACGAGGCACGGUGGAUCUCUGAGCCUGUAUCACUUGACUUUUUAUGUAGUCCAACUCCUGCACCUCGUCUUCCUUCACUUCAGGGUUUUCUUCCAAAUAUUUUCUUACCAUCAAACUGUUUUACAGGUUUGACUGUAGUUACCUUUCAUGAAAAGGUUAUUGUCUUUAACUUGAAUUAAUUAUGUUCACUUGUGGUCCUUUGUUUCUGUCAAUUUUACAGAAAAGCUGAGCUUUGUGUAGAAAUAAGUAUAUCAGCUGAUGAAAAUAUGGCCAGAGGUGGUGUCGAGGUGAAUUUUUUAAAA